UGCCUCAACAUUCACUCUUGGGGAUCUCUCAAGCAAGACUCAGCUGACUUUCAGAGACACAUCUUUUGGAUUUUGUUUUGGACGACUGUACAAGAACCCUCUGAGGAGACAUGGUAUCUGCUGGGUUUCAGAUCUUGGGCAUUGCCCUGUGCAUUAUUGGCUGGAUUGGGGCCAUCGUUGUCUGCGCCAUUCCCCAGUGGAAGGUGACAGCCUUCAUCGGCCAGAACAUCGUCACUGCCCAAACCACUUGGGAAGGCAUAUGGAUGAGCUGUGUGGUCCAGAGCACAGGCCAGAUGCAGUGCAAGGUUUAUGACUCCAUGCUUGCCCUGUCCCAGGACCUCCAAGCGGCCCGCGCCCUCAUCAUCAUCUCCAUCCUGGUCGGCAUCGUGGCCCUCCUCCUGGCUGUGGCCGGGGGUAAGUGUACCAACUGUGUGGAGGACGAGAGUGCAAAAGCCAAGAUCUCUGUGGCGUCUGGCGUGCUCUUUAUCAUCGCUGGCGUCAUGUGCCUCGUCCCCGUGUGCUGGACGGCGCACUCUGUCAUAAGGGACUUCCACAACCCUUUGUUGGUGGGAUCUCAGAAGAGGGAGCUGGGUGCUGCCCUGUUCAUCGGCUGGGGGGCCUCGGCCCUGCUCAUCCUGGGUGGUGGACUCCUCUGUGCCAACUGCCCUCCCAAGGAUAACUACUCUGCCAAGUACUCUGCCGCCCGUUCCUCUGGACCAAAGGACUACGUCUGAGAAGACACCAAGACGCCAAGAAGACAAACGGAAAGAAACAAGAGACUGACAUAGACUUGUGCAGAACUGACUUAAAUGCUUGUAUGGUUUGUGGAAUGUAUGGUUGGAUUUUGAUUUCACUGUUUUGUUGAUGCUUUAAUGUUGAGGUGAGGCUGCAGCACUGCGAUGAUGAGAUGUUGAACCCACUCAAACAACAGUUCACUGCAUAUGGACUGAGUGAGGAAAGGCUUGAUCAUUGGGAUUGGAAAUGCAUGGCAUAAUUAUUGGAACAACAUCAAGAUAUUGCAUUAAUACAAUUCAUUUUUUUCUUUUGUUCACUUUGAAACAUUUCAUUUCAGCUUUUUUUUUUUUUACAUAUCAUUUCAUUGUACAUUUUAUGCA